UGCAGCAGCCUUGUGCUCUCUCCACGCCUGCUCUCCUCUCUGCAUCCAUCCUCUGCCUCGGCAGCCAUGGUGUCAACUUUCAGUGGCCGCAUGUCUCUCUCAGGAGGCUCCAUGUCUGGAGGCUCCAUCCGAGGCGGCUCGUCUGCCCUCUCCCUCUCUGGAGGUAGUGCUCGAGUCAGCGUCAUGAGGGCCGGCAGUGUGUAUGGAGGGGCAGGCGGCGCUGGGGUCCGCAUCUCUGGCUCCUCGCGCGUGCUGUCCAUGGGUGGUGGCGGCGGCGGCGGUGGUGGAGCCGGGUUCGGGUUCUCGUCCGGUGGGGGAUUCGGCGGGGGCUUCAGCUAUGGAAGUUUCGACGGAGGAUUUGGUGGUGGCGGCAGCGAUAAGUUCACCAUGCAGAAUCUGAACGACAGGCUGGCCAACUACAUGGUGAAGGUGUCGACCCUGGAGAGGGCCAACGCCGAGCUGGAGCUGAAGAUCAGACAGUGGCUGGAGACAAGGGCCAAGCCAGAGGUUCACAACUUCCAAGGCUUCAUGAGCGUCAUUAGAGAGUUGCAAUCCAAGAUGCAAGGCUUUCUGCACAUGAAGGGCAGUGCACAUCUGGGAAUUGAUAAAUUAAAUCUAGCCCUGGAUGACUACAAACUCAAGUAUGAGAAUGAGAUGAUCCUUCGUCAGACCGUGGAAGCUGAUGUUGCUGGGUUGAAAUCUGUCCUUGGCGACCUGACAUUUGCCAAGACAGACCUCUCAGGACGGCUGACUGCUUUGAAGGGUGAACUUGCCAUGGUGGACAAAACCUAUGAGGAGGACCUGCUUGCCCUGCGUAGUAGGAUCGGCCACAAGGUGAAUGUUGAGGUGGAUGCCGCACCCCAAGGGGACCUCAUGGCAGUCCUGGCUGGAGUUCGGGAGCACUACGAGGCUGUGGCUGCCAAAAACAGGAAGGACCUGGACGUGUGGUUCCAGAAAAAGACAGAGACCUUGAAGUCUGAGAUCACCACAAACACCACAACCCUCCAAGUCAGCAGCUCGGAAGUGACCACCAUAAAGACAACCGUCCAGGCGCUACAGAUUGAACUCAUGUCACUGACCAGCCUGACAGCAUCAAUGGAGUCCACCCUGGCUGAGACGCGGACGCGCUAUGCUGGAAUGCUGUCUGGGUACCAGGCUCAGGUGUGUUCGCUGGAGGCCCAGCUAGGCCAGCUGAAGUCAGACCUGCAGAGCAGGAGUCUAGAGUACAGCGCCCUCCUGGACAUCAAGACCAAGCUGGAGAUGGAGAUCGCAGAGUACAACCGCAUCCUGGGCGGCCAGGUAGCCAGCUUGUCAGCAGGACAGAGCAUGUCCUCCUCCUCCGGGACCAAGACGGUGAGGAUCAGUGAGGAAGUGAUUGGUGGUGGUGGCAGUGCUAUGGUCUCAUCCUCCUCCUCCUCAUCUGCCAGAAUGGUCUCCUCAUCAUCAUCUUCCUCAUCUUCAUCCUACCGUCAGGGGCGGUUCUAAGGAGUGGCAUUUGCCCCCCCCCAGAAACAUGAUUUGCCACCCAAUGGUAUGCAUGGUAUUCCGUUGCCAUGUACAUUUCGACAACAAUGACACAAGCACACCCUCACUAAAGAAUCAAAGUUGGUAUUUUCCACCAGACAAACUGGCUACUAUUAAUUUCGAGCCCUGAUUGUGACUAAUAGCCUUAAUGCUUGACAUAAUUUCAGACAUAGAACUUUAGGUUGCAGGGUUUCACUUUAAAGGAUUCACUGUAUCACAUCAGUGUGUGUGUGUCGAUUAUAUAGCGCUUAUCAUUUUCCCUUUGUGUAGGAGCAUGCCCGCCUGAAAUACACUUCGCAACCCCUUUUCCCCCGCAAGAAUAAAUGUCUGGAACCGCCCCUGCCUACCGUUUCCGCUGAGGGACAUCACAAAGGAAAAG